AUGCCAGGAAGAAGAAGCAACGAAAGAAGGCAAGGAGCUGGCGAACGUGCGAUGAUACAGAUGUGUGAGAGGCCGACGGCAGUGGUGGUGCUUGGUGGGCGACAAGACGUCUUGCUCUCACUUAUCUUCACCCCACCCGCAUCCUUACUCUGCGAAGCGCGCUCAACGGACUCGCAGGCGGGUACAGCACCUCCGCCCUCGACUUUCUUUCUCUCUCCUCUCUCCUCCCCACUACUACGCACUGCAGACGUCGGAGAGUCUCUGGGUGCGUCCACACACACACACACACACACACACACAGACACACAGACGUUUGGGUGCAGUCGCGCCACCGUCAGCACCCAAACCCAUCCACGCCCUCAUUCUAUUAUCGCCUCUCUUGUUGUAUCUUUCUUCGGCAGGCUCGCGUGCGUUUGUGUGCAUCACAGCGGCUCGCCACGUCUGGUGUUGUCUUCGGUCCCCUCCCCUUCUCCAUGUCCUUCCGCCCACUCGGCUCUCUCCAUGCAGCACCAUGCACUGCGCCAUCACCUCUUGAGACGCCGCUGCGCGGUGUCGUCUGUCGCCUUCUCCGUCUCCGCCACCCGAAAGGCAUCAGCGUCGACUCGCAGAUCUGUCCCAUCACAGAGAGCGCGAGGCCCCUCACAGGCGCUGCUAGCGUCUGACGAGCCUCCUUAUCACACUAGCAACCUCUCGUCAGCCAGCCGCUCCUGCUUGCCAUGGGCAGCGGCGGAGGAGUCGCCGCGGCUUGCUCCUGCUGCUGCUGCGGUGCUGGCUAGGCGCGCACGUGAGAGCGUACUUCGGCAGGAGCGCUGCGCCGCCGAUCUCCUCUACUUUAUGGGCGCAGAGAGGCGCGCGAGGCACCGCCGCGUUUCCGCGAGGAGUGCUCCGUUUUCACCGUCGCCACUGAAGGCGCCAGAGGACGACAGCACGCGUGGCGGCUUGCUCGCCGUGGCGCAGGCCCCGCCGCGGCGUGAAAAGCACCCUGGUGCGCACGCCCUUGACUCCUCUAUCUCGUGGGCAGACCUUGACGUACGUUUAGCCACGCCCUCCACUGCGAGCCGGCGCCGCGAGGCCCGGCCACCUUCACGCGAGGACACUUCUGCGAGCAGCUGGCACGCAUCGGUGGCCGAGCAUAGGGAUGGUGAAGGCAACUGCUGCAGCAGGACAGCGUCACCCUUGUUCCGUCAGCAGCAGGCCUUGUUUAACCUGCGUCGUCGCCUCGCUUACUUGCUCGCCAGCGAGUGUGCCGGCGCAGGGGACUUGGCGAGGAUAGAGGUGGAGCCACUACAUAGCGUUGGGCGCCGUACGGCCCUGGCGCUGUCGCUGACACACAGCAUCUUCAAGGUUUGCGCUGCUAACGCGUGCAUGUCAGAGGCGCCGAACAGCGCCGAUGAGGCUGUCACCGGAGUCGCGCACGAUGAUGUGCGACGCCCAUGGACGUUUGUGCGGCAUCGGCUCACGCAGUCUGGCCGCGCGGACUCCGCUUCAAGCGCCACCGACGAGUCAUCAUCUUCCCUGCUGCGAUUUCUGCAGCCUGACCGGCCGGGCCACUGCCCCUUCGUCUACCGCAGUGUAGCACAGCCCGUCGAACUCACGCCAGCGGAGGCGUACGCACUGCUCACGUGGUGUGCUGAUCAGCUGCGCACGUACGCGAAUGCCGUCACCGCUGCCGCCAACCGAAAGGACGACCCCGAGUUCCGCAGUGCUGUCGUUGGUCUUGGGGCGACCCCUGCAUGUACAGCGCCCUGUGUCGAUGCGGCUGAUCAAGGAGGGUUACGGAACAGCGUCUCUGCGAUGGUGUUCAGCAGUGGCGGCGCGCUGGAUGGAGGCGAAGGGGAGAGGAAGAUAAAGGGUUGUCAGAGGACGACGUCACACAUGACGGCCAGCAGCGGACGUCCACGAUGGUCGGCCUCUGCCACGCGCCGACCAUCGACACUUUCGAUGGUGAGGCGCCUGCCGCGCGGCCGCACCAGGAGAGGCGCCGAUGGCAGCGACCGCACUUCGGCUCCAUCUCUCGGUCUCCUCGAGAGCGAGCCGGCGGCGGAGGCGGUGGGGUCCAGUGCGAAAGCGCUCAUUGAGCUCACCGCCGUUUUUGCUCGCAUGGCGGCUGAAUCCGCUUUGCCCAUGGCGGAUGCAUUUGCGAGUCAUACUCCUGAGGAGACUACCCGGCAUGCGCAACCACCAAAGUCCGCGAAGCUCCGCGGCGUAGGCGGUUUCUGUGAUGGGGACGACGCUGUCUCAGUCGGCGAGGCGCUGCUGGGUCGUGUCGUGAGCGAUGUGGUUUUGGCCGUCUGCGACGCGCUGCACGCGGUGCAGGAUUCCGGGUUGCUGGGUGCGUACGUCGCAAGCCACCUUGGAAGGCUCAACAACGACCCUGGCCGUCGUACCCGUUCAGGCCCCGAGGAACGAACACUGGCCCAUGCAGCGGCACAGGAUCAGCAGAGGCGGGAUCGCCGUACCCUCCACCGCCGCCUGUGCUUCUCGCCGCCUGUUCUCCAGUCGGUGCUCUGCUGCGAGCGCGAGUCCUGGCCACAUGCGCUGCGGCUGACGGAGCGCAUGGCAGGAUGGAACAUCAUCCUCGGUGAGUCGCUUGGCGUGAUCCCUCUUGCCACCACCGCCUCGUCGACAUCCGUCCAGCUGGAUACACUUUCUCCCUCUCCAUCGGCGGCACUAGAUGGCGGCGGCCCGACUCCAUCGGGUGAGACUUCUCCGGCACACGCGGCGAGCCUGCGAAUCUUGGGCACCGACACGGUCCACAUGCUUUUCUACGUGUUGGCGCAGCACGGGCGCCUCGCUGAGGUGCUGCGGCUGUGCGAGGUCGCUUGCGGCGUCCACGCUUCCCACCUCCUUCGUGGCUGCUCGGCCACCGGCGAGCGCAAUGCGGAUGCAGACGACGCUCUCGUGUUGAUGGCGCACCUGGCGGCCGCAAACGCCGACCCGGCCGCUUCCGCGGCGGUUGAGAGUGGUGGCUCAAAGGCGUCACUGAACGGUGUUGUGUCGGAUCGGAUGCACUGCGUUGAGCGUGUCGUGCGCGCUGGAGUAGUGCCGCAGCGGGUACUGAGCGUAACAGAGUACGCCGUGUUGCUGCGUCGCCUGAUGGGCGACCGCAUCCGCGGUGACGCCAGGCGCCAUGCUGCUGCCGCUUCUGCUGCUACGACAACGCCAAGCGCCGGCCCUUGUAACGGUGUCGGGUGGUGGCUGUCCCCUUCGCAGGUCUGGUGCCUCAGCGCAGGCCUGGCGCACCGCAUACGCACCGCGCUGUGCCUGAUAGGCUUUCAAGUAAACGUGCGCCAUGGGCAGACAGAUUUACUGAGCUUGGAGGACCUUUACGUGGUGCUCACCAUCUCGCGACAGCUGGUGCGCCGGCACGAAGUCGAGCUGCGCCAGCUGCGGGACAAACAGGUGAACCCAAUGGACGUCAGCGACGACGGUGGGGGCGAUGCAGGCAGCGGCUCGUCGGUGCACCAGCGCAGGCAGUGGACAGGCUGGGGUGUUGUGUCUGAGAGCCCUCAAUCGAGCCCGCUCCUCGCAUCCUCGCGUGUAACACGGUCGCUGUCGCCACCGCCGCUGCAGUGCGCACAAGAGAUGCUCCUGCACUUGCUGCCGGCACGGCGGCACGCAGCGAGUCCUGGAAGCACGCACUACAUUCAACAAAUCUGCGCCACCUCCCAGGCUGCUCUUCGCCGUGCGCUGCUGCUAUCCUCCUCAGCGUGCACUGCGAGUGGCUUUGCCGCGCAGCAGGCCACAGCGACGGCACAACUGUCGCCUCGAGUGGCGACUGCCAGCCGCAGCACGACGUCCAGGACGGUUGCCGGCAGUGCGGUGCUCUUGUCCCUUGUGUCGCAGGAGAUGCUCUCCGUGCUGCGGGCGGUUCGCUACACACGCAACAUUGCACUCUUCUGGGACUCCGCGCUCAGCACGUUGGCUACUCAGCAGCUGCACGGGCAUGACCUUGGCGCCUAUGCUGCGGACCCGGUCCGCGGAGGCGGCGGGCUCUCCGAACACGAUGCGUGCGCUUCAUCAGCCACCAGAAAAACGGGAGACCGGUCGCAGCAGGAGGAGGCAGAUCGCGUCCGAGAAGAGGUGGCGUACGCUCUCGCCCUCCAGGCAGAGGCCUCCGUGGGGGAGAGUCUUGUUGCCACCCGCCGUCUCGUCGCACCACUUCCUAUGUUGGCUCCGUAUCUGUCCGCGUACACCGUUGCCGCGCUCGUGCAGCGGCCGUUCCGUCGCGCCUUCACCUGGAAGCAGUGCCUGGCGCUACUGCCAUACACCCCCUUAGGCUCACGAAGUCAGUUGUGGCUGGUUCAGCGCAUCGCACAAGACAGCGCGGGACGACGUCAUGCCUUUCCAGGCGCCCUCACUGUACAGGCGGCCGACCUGCCCCCCGUGCCCGCGCCGCACACGCCCUCGACGCUUUCCGCCGUAUCCAUAACAGCACUUCAGACAGCAGUGAGGAUGGUGACCGUCCGGGACGUACCGCGGCGCCGUCAACACCACCAGCGCAGCCCAGCGACCACAAGCCCGAGCGCGACACACGAUGAAGCCAAGGCGGCUCUCUCGCGAAGCUUCGCGGCCCCUUUGUUUGGGAAAAAGGCGGCGGCGUCAGUGUCGGCCGACGCAACCGCACACGCGGAUAGCGUUCUUCUCGCGCUGCUCCUCGAAGGCAACUGGAGCCGUGCCUUGCAGGCGUUUGCGGAGGCGCCGUCCCGGGUGCAGGUUGGCGGCGCGCCGCAUGUGGUGCGUCUCCUGGUGGAGGCGGAUGUGUGGCGUGACUUGGGUGAUGCGCAGCGGCGACCGCUCGUACGCCUGGCCGUGCAGUGCUCCGCGUACUCUCGCGGCGGCGCCGCUCGUCUUCUGGAGGAGAUGCUGCAGACGACGCUUGAGCAAGGACUGUGGCACACAGGUCUUUACUUCCAUCGAAGCGUCACGGCGGAGCGGCCAGAGCUGGUGUGGCAGUGCCGGCGCGCCCAGGGCUACGCUGCCCAGCUGUGCUGUGGCCUGCUGGAGCAGACGUCGAUGGCAAAGACGGUUGCCCAGCUGACGAAGGCGGCGCGGCGCAGCCAGUGGGCCGAGGCAGCCGCGUGCUUCCUUCGUUACGCGACCCAGCGGCGCGACGAAACUGCCGUCGCCAACACCUCCUCGACUCCAGCGUCGUCCUCGGGUGGAUCACCUGCAGAUGCAGAGUCGGAUAAUGCUGCUACUCUUGCUGCCGCUGCCGCUCCUGAGGCUGGUGAGAGUACGACGCCACCACGCUCCGCCCGCACAGCGGCAGUGCCUCCGACCACCACCGAGGAGCUUGAGUCGCUCGCCGCGCUUCUCGAGUCAGCCAAGUCGGGAGACUCACCGCGGUCCACCGCGGUCUGUGCAGCCGCGUCAUCGUCACCCCUCCACCUGCUCUUUCACGGAGACAGCGCUUCUGUUUUGCCCGAGCUAGCGCACGUGGUGCAGACGGCGCGGUAUGCCAUGCUGCACACGCCGGCAUUGUGGAUGCAGGCGCUUCGAUGGAUUCCCACGACAGCCCUGCCACUGCCGUUCCAUCACGAGCAGGCGUGGCGCUCCUUGUGUGCAGACAACACGGCAAAGCUGCAGGCGUUGUUGCCGCCGCCGCCGCCGAGGCAGACUGGGGCGCGUGCUGAUGAGGGGGACAUAUCGGCACAGCAAGCUGUAGUGACGCAGACUGAAAACGGCACCGUGGCGCUGGCGGCUUCCACGACAGAGGCAGCACUUUCGCUCGUCGAGGCCGCGCGCCGCGUACACCGCCCGCAGCACUUCAACGAAGUCGCGAAGGGGCAGCAGGUUGCCGUGGCGAAUGCGCUGCGGGUGCUGCGCCGCGCCGGCGCUUGGAUGCAGGCCACGCUGCUCUACGACAAGGCCGUGGAGUCGCACUGCAUGCCGUACGCCUCCUCGUCGACGGUCCUCGAGACAGCUCUGAAGGGCGGUGCACCGUGGCAGGUGACGCUCUCGUACUUCUUCCGCAUGGCGCAGCGGCAGCGCCCCGACGUGAACGCGACAGCGGCGGCAUUGCAGGCCUGCGCGGCGGGCGGACAGUGGGAGACGGCCUUUCGUGUGCUGCGACAGAGUGUGCUGACGCAGGCGGCCCCGGUUCCUCGACUGGUGAUGCUGACCGUGAAGAUAGCGCUGCAAUGCGGUGUCUGGAGUCGCGCCUUGGCUGCAGCUCACCAAUAUCGGCGCACCAACAACUCGCAGCUUGCGUACACGGUGUUGUUCACGUACGUGUGCACCCAACACUGGGACGACGCGGUGGAGUACUUCUACGACUGCACUCGCCGUGGGCUGCGGCCGCUGGAUGCAUCGUUAGAACUGGCCAUCAUCGCGAGCGAGGCUGCCAGCGAUGAGUGUCGCAAGACGGCGCUCAUGGUCGGGGCAAUCGCAUCCGCGCUGGAGGACCUCUACCGCAUGAGCGGCGUCGUUUUGAAGCACAUCAUCUUCGUGCAGCGGCACGCACAAGGCAGCGCGGCGGAGUGGCAGACAGCGUCGGACUCGUUGUGCGGCGCACCGAGGUCGGCUUUCGAUGGCGGUGCAGACAUGGAUGACAGCGGCGACUUUGUUCUUCCCCAGCCAGCAUUCUAUUUGCCGAGGGAGGAGGACCACGACGCCGACAACGGUCACGACGGUGAUAACGGUUGA